AUGGAUAUACCACGGGGCCACGCUAGACUUCCUCUUAACGAGUCCGAUUUCUUAGACUUCAUCUUCAACUACUUCAAAGCCGAAUACAGCCCCAUCCGCUCAUUCUGGUCCACGGCAAUCGCAGCUCCACGCCAACCAGGGCGAUGGAUCAACAUGGGCCAUGAGAGUCAGCCGCUUGCCAUCCGCCCAGCCAACGCUCAAGCGCAAAAGGAUCUCGAGUCUCUUGAUUAUUUUAUCCGGAAGUGGAAUCUCGACGCCGGAUUCGUCAGGGGCCUUGUAAUCAGAUACGCAAAGUAUGAGAUUCAUGAGCGACUCGAGAAGAAGUUGUACGAGUGUUCGAGGCUGGACUUGAUGUUGAGGAAGGCGCUGAAAGAGAAGCAUUUGGUUGAUGCGUUGUGGCCGAGUCCCGCGCCAAGGGAUUUCAAUAAAGAGUUGCUGGCGCAAGGUGUGCAGGUAAGGAGGUGGUAUGGCGACAUGUUCUCCAAGUACUUCCAGGUCUUGCACUCUAUCGAUGACUUCAAACUCCGGCCCGAGGUCGAUACGAAGAUCAAAAGCAGUGGUACGCUGAUGUUGGUGCCAUUUGUGGAUCAUCUGGUGUUCGGGGGCGUGGACCCAAUCUUACCGAUUGUUGCACAGGGAGACGGGUACUCGAAACUCAAGACCCGCGAGAGAAGAGAUGGGGGCAAGGCCGAAUCUGGGUUUGGAGAACCAGACAGAUUUGAGAUCAGAUUUGAUGCCCCUGCUGAGGUUGUGGAUACAUAUACGAAGAGCGUGGUACGACAGUGUCAGUGUAUGAAGUGUGGGUCGAAAAGAGAUGUACAGGUUGUGGUGUCUGUUGAUCCGAAUCCAAGCGCAGCUUCUGGAUCCUCGAGUAAAUCUCCAAAGACAUCAGAUCAAGGGCGAAAUUCUUCGAAGACGACCCAAAAAUACAGCCCAGGAUACAACAUGCCGGGUGAGGACGAGGCUGCCCCAGCACAGCCACCGCGUCCACAAACGCAGACAGAACAACCGUCGUCAUCAGAGCAAAAGAAACAGUGUGAACGCUGCACGUUCUUGAACCAUCCCGAACUUACACUUUGCGAGAUGUGCCAGGCUGAUUUACCAGACGCCACAAUCCCAAAACCCUCCAGUCCGGUAGUUUCUAAGAAGGCCUCGCAUUCUCAUUCCGUAUCACUGCCCCCUCCCACGACAGCCGCGCAGCAGGCGAACAAAAACGCAGAUCUGAGACCCCCAGCUCCCAACCGACACAGUCUCAGCUCAACGCUAUUCUCCAUCUUCCCGUUCUCGCAACAACACCAGCAGGAACAUCAUGCCAAGCUGCCGCCUACCCAGCAGACCGACACUUCAUCUGCAGCUGCAAGUCGAUCAGAGACGCACACUGAAGCAAAGCACGACCAACAACGCCCAUCUUCCUCGAAAUCCAACCGUCACGUCAAGUUUGAAGCGACGCCGACUGAAGUAGAGUCUCCGUCCUCGGUCCACACGCCACCAUCACCACCCGACAGGGAAGCAACGCCUCCCCUAUCUCAGCGCCCGGAAAUGGCAAUGAUGCCUCUCACUCCCCCGCCCUCGGCGUCUCAAACGCGCCGCCAGAUACCGGUUGGUUUGCCGUCGAACCUCAUGGAUGACUUUGUCCCUACGACACCCGCGUUUCCGAGAGAGGAAGAUGAUGAGGGUGCGGGGUGGGGAGAAGUGAGCCGGGAGGAAACGAGGAGAGAAGAAAGUAGUGAUGAUGAAGAGGAUGAGGAGGAGGGAAGCGGCGGUGUGGGGUUGGUGGAUUUGGAUGCAGUUGCGAGGGAGGAGAUGGGCGUUUGGGGAGAGAGGGAGACGGAUGAUUGA